CAAUUGGAUGUGCAAUAGGGUCGUCUAAAUUUGUUGGUGUUCAUAUGGUUCAGCUUGAUAUAGCACCAAAAUACGCAGGAGUAAUAUGGGGAAUAGGGAAUACGUCUGCAGUGAUUUCGGGAAUGUUUGGAGUUGCAUUAACAGGAUUAAUCUUGGAUAACACUCUUAAAAAUUGGGAUCUUAUUUGGAAUCUGAUUGUAUUAUCAUAUUUGUCUGGCACGAAUCCUGGAAUAUGUGUAGAUGUAUAUUAUUGA